AUGGCAGCCAACACCAACAACAUACUCAUAUUCGGGGCAACCGGCUUGAUUGGCUCGCACAUCACCAAUGCAAUCAUCAGCAGUAAAGACAAAUUCGGCAAGAUUGCAAUCUUCACGUCUGCAAAUACAAUCUGGACCAAAUCAGACGAGAUUGACGCGCUCAAGGCACAAGGAGUCGAGAUAAUCGCGGGCGAUGUGACCUCUGCUUCAGACGUGAAAGAAGCGUACAACGGUUACGACACUGUCGUCUCAUGCGUUGGACGUCCAGUGAUUCAGAAUCAGCUGAAGCUAAUAGAAUGGGCCGAUCAGCAUCCUGAUGUCAAACGAUUCUUUCCAUCAGAGUAUGGUACCGAUAUCGAAUACUGGCCAAGCUCUGCAGACGAAAAGCCUCACCAGCAGAAGCUUAAAGUCAGAGCUCUUCUGAAGACCGUUAAGAAUCUCGAGUAUACUUAUGUUGUUACCGGCCCAUAUGGAGAUGCCGAUACUCUCUUGUACCUGGCUGCCAAGAAGCCCGAAGACGAAGCCGAAGGCACAUUCGAUGUACAACGAAAGCGGGCUGUGCUUCUGGGUAGCGGUGACAACAAGAUAUCCCUAUCAACGAUGCGUGAUGUUGGCAAGUUUGUGGUCGCAGCCUUGCUUCAUCCCGAGGAGGCCAGGAACAAAGCUGUUCAUGUCAAUUCCUUCACUACAACGCCGAACGAGCUUUUGGCCGAGUUUGAGAAGCAGACUGGAGGCCAGAAGUGGAGCGUAUCGUACACCAGCCUGGAAGAGCUGAAGAAGCUCGAAGACGAAGCUUGGUCUCAAGGAUCUCCCAAGGCUGGCAUGCUCACGCUGAGACGGAUUUGGGCGUCUGGGGGUACUCUCUACGAAAAGAGAGACAAUAACCUCAUCGGCAUGGAAGAAGGGCUUGACGAUUUGCAAAGCACUGUUCGACAAGCAAUUGAGGUCCAGGAGAAGCGCAUCGCGGAUGGCACCUAGUGCUAGGUUUAGACUUGGCCGCCUUCUUGUCGUGAGCUGACUUGGGUUAAGAGAUUCCACACAGCUCCUUCGCUCGACUUUUCAUAGUGUCAAAACC